AGCCGGUUUACACGGUGUAGUCCCUCGACACAAGCGGCGUCCUGUUACCUCGCUCGUCGCCCUCGUCCUCCUCCCUCUGUCCCUCAUGGAUUAUUUCAAAUCCGUCGUGCCUUCCCAGCUAAUCAACGAGCGCGGUUCCAAUCUCGUCGUUAUCAAUCCAGGAUCUGCAAAUGUUAGAAUAGGAUGUGCUAACCAUCAUGUACCAUUCAACAUUCCCAACUGCAUAGCACGGCAUGUGAAGAACGGGUCUAAUGAUGGACUGAAGGGAACUGUGCAGGAUCAGAUGCUUAACAAGCAAGCUACUCCAGUCCAAGAACUGGAUCGAGAGAGAGCUUAUGACAGUAUUGCAUCACUGCUUAAGAUUCCGUACCUAGAUGAAGUGGCAAGUAACUCUGUUCCUCGUAAGAUGGGAACAGUUGAAGGAUAUGCUUCUCAUCAGAACAGAAGUGAUACUUCUUUUACCUGGACAACUGUAGUGGAGAAAAAACCAAAAUCAUCUUUUGAAGUAGACACUUCCCAAGCCAUACUUUCUGAAAGAGAAAUGGAAAAGGGUGCUGAGUCUAAACCAAAGGAUUCUGAUUCUGUUUUGGAUGGGGAAGAGUUUAUCUUCAAGGAGUUUAUCUGUGGAGAAGAAGCUUUAAAAAUAUCUCCUGUCGAGCCAUAUUCUUUGAGUCAUCCUAUAAGGCGCGGGCAUCUGAAUAUUUCACAUCAUUAUCCUCUACAACAGGUCGUGCAAGAUUUACAUGAUAUAUGGGAUUGGAUAUUAACUGAAAAGCUCCAUCUUCCUCCUCGAGAUAGAAACUUAUAUGCUGCCAUUCUUGUUUUGCCAGAAUCAUUUGACAACCGUGAAAUCAAAGAGAUGUUGUCUAUUGUUUUGGGUGAACUGAAUUUUAGCAUGGCGGUUGUACAUCAGGAAGGUCUUGCUGCUGCCUUUGGGAAUGGAUUAUCAACGGCAUGUAUUGUUAACAUUGGUGCCCAAGUGACAUCAGUAAUCUGUAUUGAGGAUGGUGUAGCUUUGCCAACUACAGUCAUGUCUUUGCCUUAUGGCGGAGAGGACAUCUCAAGGUGCCUCUUAUGGGUACAACAUUACUAUCAGACUUGGCCACCUAUUCAAACCAAUCCGUUGACAAAGCCAAUUGACAUGUUAAUGCUUAACAAAAUCAAGGAGUCUUACUGUCAGAUUAGAGAAGGAGAGUUUGAUGCUGUGGCCAUAGUUCAUUCCUUCGAUGAAACUAGACCUGUUGGUUCACACAAGACACGACUAUCGGCCCUCAAUGUUCCUCCUAUGGGUCUUUUCUAUCCCACACUUCUUGUUACAGAAGAGUAUCCACAACCUCCUCGCCCAUGGUUCAAUGACUAUGAGGACAUGCUGGAAGAUACAUGGCAUAUGGAGUUAUCUAGGAGACCUGACAUGGCUGAUAAUCUGUAUCUGGGUGCUAAUAAUGGUCUGAACAUGUGGGAUAGUUACCCUGUAAUUCCAUCCAGACCUAAAAAGGAUGAUAAUCUUGGACUCGCUGAAGCAAUUACUAGCAGUAUACUUUCAACUGGGCGGCUUGACCUCAAAAGAAAGCUGUUUUGUAGCAUACAACUGAUAGGAGGGGUAUCUUUGACAUCGGGCCUUGUUGUAGCUGUUGAAGAGAGGGUGUUGCAAGCCAUUCCGUCAAAUGAAGCAAUUGAUACUGUAGAGGUACUCCAAUCCAGAACAAACCCUAUAUUUGUAUCAUGGAAAGGCGGUGCGAUUCUUGGUAUCCUGGACGUUACUCGUGAUGCUUGGAUACAUAGAGAGGAUUGGAUAAAAAAUGGAGUUCACCCAGGGAGUGGAAGGAAAUACAAGGACUCCUUUUAUCUUCAGGCACAAGCGAUGUGCUAUCUCAAUUCAUAACAGCAGUUACAAUACACGGUUAAGCUGCUGUUUACUAAUAUGAAAUCAUAAAUCAUCAACGAAGAAUGUCAAGGAUCCCUUGCAUGUAUCUGAGAAGUUUGCUGGUGAGAAUGGACUUUGUAUGGGAAGAGUGAUAUCAUGAAAGUGAGUUUGGUCUCAUGAAUCAACUUUCUCCAAACAUGUAAAUUUUGAUAAUCGUUAGAUACAUUCACAGAAUCCUUUGUACGGGAUGAGUCUGUUAUCUUAUCCGCUUUUAGGAUUUGACAGCUUAUUUAUUUAUUACUGAUUCCUUUUGUUGGAUCAAUUAAGCAAAUUUCAGAAAUAGCUACUUGCAUUUUGACUCUGCAAA